UUCCCACCUGCAUUCCGCCGUUCCGAAUACCGAUACAAAUAUAUCCCCUUGGUCUAGUACCUGGACUGUCCAAGCACACCACUUCCGCAAACCCCCCUUACUCGAAACAGCAGAGUUUUACGCCGCUUCUUUGUUCCUGGUCUGAAAUGGUCACUCACAUGGUCCCCCCACCCGCCUCCACGAGGUCGCACGGGGCCUUUGGGUUUUCUUUCAUCGAGCUUCCAGGAAGUGCCUUUAAACCGUCCUGGACACGACCGCAAGAUAGGGGAUGGGAUGGAUCCCGGCCUCUUCAUUUUUUCUCCUUUUUUUUUUUUUUUUUUUUACCGAGGAGCCACUUUAUAGGGAGGGACUACCACUCACAGACGGCGUUUUUAUUUUAUUCCAAGUCUGUCGGCUGCUUUUGGUUUUAUUUUGGCUUUUUGCAAGCUUCUUCUGGUGGGAUCUAGGGCUACUUCUAUCUUCUGAUUCCUGGCUGAGCGUUGCUGAUGAGUGAUGGAAUACGUCUGAGGAGGGCGCCGCGAUUAUAGGCUACGAAUAUACGACGGGGGGGUG